GUACUUCCUUGUAAUGGAUGACGAAGGAGUCCACUGUCACAAGUGAUCACAAUCGAUCAUUAUAAACUAAGAAGAAAUGGAAAGACGUGUGCAAUUGAGUUUACGUUUUCAACCGAAUUCGAAAACGGAAGCUUUACCUUCAGACGUGUUCAAAGUGAUCGUUGGUGAAGACCAGCAGCAGGAGUGCAGCUCCAGGGUGGAGCAGGAAGAGUCACAAUCCCCCCAAAUCAAGGAAGAAGAUGAGGAGGCUCACGUCGCCAAGAUCCGUAUGAAGAGUGAAGGUGAUGAAGAGCAAGCUCAGUCGUCUCAGCUUCAUCGUCACAGCCGAGACCGCCGAGAAGGAGCUGAAGCAGACCUUCAUUCAGGUCUGCUCUCGGAUUCUGAUGACACCGACUCUAAUGACGAUUCCAAAGUGGACAAAAAGCAGUUCCGCUGCUCUGAAUGUGACAAAAUAUUCGCCAAUAAGUAUCAGCUGGUCUACCACAUUAGAACGCACACCGGAGAAAAGAUCAUCUGCUGUGUGUGCGGCAAGGACUUCUCCAGCAAGAGCAAUCUGAGGACCCACAUGAGGACGCACUCGGGGGAAAAACCGUUCACUUGCACUGUUUGCGGCAAAGGAUUCUCAGUCAAGAGAUAUUUGAUGUCCCACAUGAGGACACACACAGGGGAAAAACCUUAUUCCUGCUCGGUGUGCAAUGCAGAUUUCAGUUACCGCAUGUCGCUGGUGCUGCACAUGAGAACGCACACCGGAGAGAAACCUUUCUCUUGCUCGGUGUGCGCCAAGAGUUUCUGCCAGAAGGGACAGCUGAGAGCGCACAUGAGGACGCACACGGGAGAAAAACCUUUUUCUUGCUCGUUCUGCGGGAAGACUUUCUCCGAACGGGGACACAUGAUCUCACACGUGAGAACGCACACCGGGGAGAAACCGUUCUCCUGCUCGCUGUGUGGGAAGCUGUUUGCCACGAAGAGGAAUAUGAUAAUACACACGAGGACGCACACUGGAGAGACACCUUUCAGUUGCACUGUGUGUCACAAAAGAUUCCCACACAAGUACCAGAUCACCAGACACAAGUGUGUGCGUGACAGCAGCAGCACGCUUGUGACAAAUGGCGCAGCGGAAAGGUUUCUCUCCGGUGUGGACCCGGAAGUGAGCAACGAGAUCUCUGUGCUGCUUGAACGUUUUGGCGCGCAGCGAGCAAGGGAACUUUCAGGUGCUUCCUCAAUCCCCAUCAGCCAGGGCAAGUGUGACCCCAUCAUCUUAUUCUUCUUUGAUGUGGGGCUCUCAGGCUCGUCCUGUUCCACCCUGGAGGACAAGAAGAAUGAGGAAUCUUCUGGGCCUCCGCAGAACACCAGAACACAAACACCAAUUUGUUUUAUUUUGAAAAAUAGUUUUCGGAUGUUGAGAAAACAACUCGACGAAGCCAAAUCGUGGGAAACGGUUCGGUUUAAAAGAAAACAAAAAAUGGAACAACAUAGUCAGUCAGUUUUAAACCCCGAACCCAAGUUAAAACGUGAAGUGCUGCCAUCAGAUGUCCUCAAAGUGGUUGUUGUGAAAGAGGAGGAGCCAGAGGCCCCCUGUGUGAAAGACAAAGACAAGGAAGCUGACAAGUUUCGUGUGAAAAGUGAAGGAGAUGAAGGAGAGCAAGCUGGAUGGUUACAACUUCAUUGCAGUGAGGAAACGAGUCGUCAAGACUAUGUUUUAAGUCCAUUAUCAGACUGUGAAGACACAACAUCACAAUCUACUGACAGUGAUGACAGCGACCACACUGAAGAACCUCUGAAGACUAAUAAACACUCGGAAGGUGACCACAACAAACCCUUGAAAUGUUUGCAAUGUGACAAAAGUUUUGUUGAAGAGAAGAAUCUGACGAGACAUAUGAGGACCCACGCAGGAGACCAGACUCUGGCUUGUUCAUUUUGCAGCAGGACGUUCAAGCAGCGUUCAGAUUUAAUAGUUCACAGUCGCAUUCACACUGGAGAGAAACCUUUCAUUUGCUCGGUUUGCGGCGGAAGAUUCUCCCAAAAAGGCAGUUUGGUGAGACAUACAAGAGGACACACAGGAGAGAAACCUUUUUCAUGCUCAGAGUGCGACGCAAGCUUCCGUCGGCGAUCAGCUUUGGUCAAACACACGAGAACGCAUACUGGAGAGAAACCUUUCUCCUGCUUGGUGUGCGCUAAAAGGUUCUCCGAUAAAAAAAACAUGACGGUUCACAUGAGAACGCACACUGGUGAAAAACCUUUUUGUUGCUCGGUCUGUGGUGAAAGAUUCUCUGAUAAGAAAAAUAUGAUGAUUCACAUGAGAACGCACAGUGGAGAGAAACCUUUUUUCUGCACAACUUGCGGCGAGCGAUUCUCUCAGAGGUGCAGUUUGAUGAGACACAUAAGGACUCAUACGGGAGAGAAACCUUUUUCCUGCUCAGUUUGCACCAAAACCUUCUCAGUGAAGAAAAACAUGAUGACGCACAUGAGGACACACUCCGGAGAAAAACCAUUUGCUUGUCCAAUUUGUGCUAAAACUUUUUCAAUUAAGAAAAAUAUGAUGACGCACAUGAGAACGCACACUGGAGAAAAACCGUUUCCAUGCACGGUUUGUGCGAAAAAGUUCUCAGAUAAGAAAAACAUGAUGAUACACUUGAGGACACACACGGGAGAAAAGCCUUUUCCUUGUCCAGUGUGCGCUAAGAGUUUUUCCGUGAAGAAGAACAUGAUGAGACACAUGAGGACGCACACUGGUGAGAAACCCUUCUCCUGCUCAGUGUGCAAUGAAAGGUUCUCUCAAAAGGGAAGCAUGAUGAGACACACAAGGACGCAUUUUCCUCAUUGACCCAUGCUGAUGAAUGAGGUCCAUGUGGACAAACAACAAGAUGUUGUCAUCAUUGGAAGUGAAUGUGAUGGACAUGACAUUAUAUACUUUGUUUUCUACUCUUUCAGUGGUACUCAUCAUUUACUGACAGGUGUAUGAUGUAUCCUGUUCCUUG